AAUGACACAGGAUCUCGGCAGACGGCAACCAGAUGCACGUGAUGCGAUGGCUUGUUGCGGCCCUGGCAAUAAUGGUUGCUGUCCAGGCUUCAGCGCACAGCCUAAACAGUCGCAAGAAGACUGGACCGAGCAAAACCAAGCUAGAUCUGUCCUCGGAGCGACAGGAGUUGCUCCAGACACAUUAUGUGUUUGGGUUUGCUCCCGACCAGGCGAAGACGCAGAACGCGUUGAAGGCCAUUGCAAAGAGCACCAAGACGGCCGGAAAAGCGAAGAAGGGCGCAACCAAGAAAGGCCAAAAAAGCAAGGCCAGGAAGGAGAGCCUUCGCCGUGACGCGCCAACCAAUGGGUCUCCCUCGAUCGGCGCGUUCAAGUGCGGAGCAACGGCGGCCCUCACCAUGUGCAAUAGUGCGUCCGGCACUUCCGAAGUGUGCAUUCUAUCUGAAAAGGAUGGCAAGUGCGAACCACAAUACAUCACAGCCCUUCCCAACGGAAACCCGUCCGGCAGCCGCUUCAUCACGAUUGAGGACAUCAAGGAAGUGUUGGACAUUGCAGUCAUCCCCGCGUCCUUUGAGACGGUCAACUUUGACGACCUCGAUCGAGGCGUCAAGUUAGUGGACCAGACCGUCCCUGUCGGCACUCGCGAAUUCAAGUUGACCAAAGCAAGGCUGCAAGGCUACCCCACCAACGCGUUCAAUAAGCUGCACUUGCCACCGACGUUGGAACUGGUUGACUUUUCCGACAACGAAAUGAACGAAUUCAACCCUUCCGAAUGGGCGACGGUCAACCUCACGACGAUGUUGCUGCGAAACAAUCGCCUGGAAUUCCUUGACAACGUCACGUUCCCGCCCACGUUGCAGACACUAAACCUCGCGGACAACCGACUCAAGCGGUUCUCGCGUGGCACGCAGUUCCCUGCCGCCCUCAAGACUCUGGAUUUGAGGAUGAAUAAAAUCGGGUCGUUUGCGUCGUUGCCGUUGGGCGCCGCCAAGACUCUCGACACUCUGUAUUUGAUGGAAAACAACUUUACAGACGUCCUGACGCGCGCCGACGUCGAGACGCUGCCGUCAUCGCUCCACGUGCUCAAUCUGAACCAAAACUUCAUUCGAUCCCUGGAAAGCUCAAUCGUGUGGCCGGCAGAAUUAGACACAUUGGAUCUGAGCAACAAUGGCCUCACAACUCUCAACAAUUUCCCUUUGCUUCCCUCGAAGCUCAGCAAACUCUUCCUCAACGACAAUCCCCUCGGCAGCUACGUCGUCUCGUCCGACACGUACAAUCAGUUGAACGCAGUCAAUGCGGUCACUCUGCCCUCCAUGACCGACACGACCACAUGCCCCGACGGAACUCGAAAGACGUCGACCAGCCACAAGACAAAUCCCGUGUAUGUGUGCGUCCAGGACAAUUCGUCGGCGACGUCCAUGCUGCCGCUAGUCCUGGGACUCGUUGGUGGCGCCGUUUGCAUCGCCGCCUUCGCCUAUUACGGCUACCGUCGCCUAAAAGACAAGAUACGUGCGUCGACGCGAUCGCAGUCGCCACCACCACUGACCGACGACAUAUCGUACUCCAGCAACCGUCCCAAAUACAGCGCCAGUGGCAUGGGGGCAUACAAUGCACGGCUGCGACAUUCGACAGCCAGUCAUACCUUGUCGAGCAGAAGCUUUGACUCGUCCAGCAUUGGAACGCCCGAGUUCCCCAAGCUUCUCGUCCAGAAUCCAUCGUUCCAGGCAUUUGCUAUUCCGUGCGAUUCCGUCGCGGACUUGAGUCCCUAUGUCGGGGACACAUCGAUCGGGACAUUGGGGGAGCAAUGGGUGGUCGUGAAGCCCCUAUUUAGUGACCACGAAGUGGACACUUUGACCAUGUAUGCCACGCUGGUCCAUCCGAAGAUUGUGGUCUUUAUUGGCGUCACGUGGGACCUCAGCGGUACACUCAGCAUUGUGACGGCAUUUUGCCGCCGUGGCAGCGUCCGGUCCGUGCUCCUCAACGGCGCCAAGCCGCUUGUCCAAGAACGUGUCGACAGAAAGCUGAGUUUGGCCACAGAUGUCGCGGAGGCACUGACUUACCUGCACUUUUUACGUCAACCGUUCGUGCACCUCAAUCUGUCGCUCGACACAAUCUUUAUCAAUGAAGAUUGGACGGCAGCGUUGCGGCUACCUGCUGUUGAUCGUGGCCAUGCGGGUGGGCAAAGGCCGUGGGUCGCGCCGGAAAUUGUACGGAUGGAGUCGCCGCCCACGACGAAAGCCGACAUGUAUUCGUUCGGCGUGUUUUUACUGGCGUUGGACAAAGAGCUUGAUCCAAGCGACGGCACAGUCGAUGGCAAGAUGGAGAUCGUGUUUGCCGAUGAGAAACUCGGCGCAUUGGGAGCGCAGUGCCUGGACACAGACCCGACCAAGCGACCCAGCGCCAUGGAUGUGGUGUACACGUUGCGCAACUUGAUGCACGAUGACGUUGCGAUUGUUUUGGGCGAGUGAGCGCUUCCUAAGCCACUUGUGAGCGUCGAAUACAAAUUUACGCAGCGCUACUAGUUGUUGGUCAACAAGACCAACCUCGUGACCCGCUCUGGCGGCGCCACGUCAUAUACAC